AUGAACAUCGCAAGAAACCCAAACACCUCAAACAACCAAGAUACGUCUUUCUCAACAGCAACAGUACCACUAACACCCCGACUCAAACUCCCCCGAGACCCCGAAAUCCUCGCCCCACGCCUCUCCCGCUACCUACACAAAUACAACAAAUACCCCAACGCCCCCAGCGUCCACCCAAACCCAAUCUCCUUCCCAACCGGCAAGCAAAAGACCAGCUGGGCCUCCUCCCUCCCAGACGGAAACCAUCGAGAUACCUACGCCGUCUGGUGGCGCAGCCCCAAACACAACAAGGCUUGCUGGCUCGGCUGCUUCAGCACCUGGACAUCGUCGUGGGUGGGAGAUCCCAAAUGGGAUAGUCGUCCCUGGCAUGCUUGGGCGGUCGCCGUGCUGAAAAUGCAGGACGGAAGGGGGAAAUGUAUUAUCAUCUAUGACUGUGAUCCGAGGAUCCCUAGUGGUGGAUAUGGGUAUGGAUAUGGGUAUGGAUGUGGAUGUGGAUAUAAACAGAACAAGCGGAGCCGGGUGAUCUCGGUGCGUCCGCGCCGGUUUCUCCUGCCCGUGCAGGCGAAGUUGAUCGAACAUUUGAGGAUGAGAGAGAAUGUGCCAAUUCGGGCGGUUUUCUAUAGCACUGAUACCCGUCGAGCGGGGAGGAAUCGGUGUCUUUAUUAUACGAUGAGGUGGAUGAGGAAAAUGGUGAGGUUUGGGGAUAAGCCGUUUUUAGGGUUUGAUAAGGAGGGACGGUCGUUGGAUCCGAGGACGGAGAGGUGUGCGUUGUUUGAUAGUCUGUGA